CCCGCAUCACGUAACGUGACGUCUUCAAUGUGCCGAUAUCAGGCCGAUGAAUAUAACUAGAUGCCUAUCUCGUAAAUUCCAGUGUCGAGUAUGGCCAAAUGAUUUCUUCAAACUUUGGUACGGAGAUGAAAUUAUUAUCGCGUGUUUUGGCGUCCUCUUCUCCCACCACGACAUUGGGUGGUAGAACCAUCCGUUUAUAGUAGAUAAGUCUACAGCAACCCUCAACUUAUUCGUCCGCCGCCAGCAAGUUACUAAGCAACUGCCACUCAAAUUACUACGCAAAGUCGUUUUCGCCUUACUAAACUCAUAAUUUCAGCUGUUCGAGCUAUUAUGUUUACCGUAACGUUACUAGAUAUAAUGUUAUGAUGCAGAGGAAAGUAGACGAGAGAAGCGUUUGCUUCAUGGUUCCAGUGACAUUCAAUGAGACGGCGUGCAGGGAGAAAGCACGGAUUCCAGGAUGGUAAGAUAAGUGAUAGCAAUAAAGAAUAGUUUCUAACUAAAUUUCUUACAUACCUUAUAAUCCUGCCCCAGAUCAUAUAAGUGGUAUAGAUAGGCCGCUCUUGGAUAUAAAUUCAAUGCGAGUACUUCGCUCCCAGGGCCGAUGAGUUGGGUAUUUGGGAUGGAUCACCAUCUCCGACGGGCUUACAUCUGAGCCACCGCCAACGAUGGGCCAAGAAGCAUCGAAACCACUACCCGGGACCAAAUUACGGGUUAUAGGAGCGGGUCUCCCCCGAACCGGCACUGCAUCAUUCAGCAAAGCACUCGAAAUCCUCCUGCAAGGUCCCGUGUAUCACGGGGGAACACAGAAUUGUAAAGGACCGAGCUUUAAUCUGAGGAGUUGGAUAGCCGUUUUAGAACAUACGCCGAUACGUUCCCUUGGAGAUGAAGAGUUUGUUCUAGGCCGCAUUUCCACGCUUACGGAUGGAUAUGCGGCCAUCACGAGUGCCCCGGGACAUUGUUUUGUGCCUGAGCUCAUGCGCUUAUACCCGGAAGCAAAGGUUAUCUGCACCAUUCGAGACCCGGAGGCAUGGGACAAGUCAAUCGAUGCCAUUGCCACGGCUAGCUUGCAGUGGUAUCUGCGAAUCAUACUUUUCCCCUUGUCGCCGAUGAGAUACUUCCCUCGCUACCUGGAUACGCUUGCUGCUGGAAGAUGGGCCGAAAUAUAUCAUACUUCCGGCAAACCAACAACGCACGUCGGUAGACAGGUCUGGGAACGACAUAUCCAGCAUCUGAAAGAAGUCGUACCGCCCAACAGGCUCAUGUUCUUUAAUGUUCGAGAUGGAUGGGAACCUCUAUGUGAGGCACUGGGUCUCGACGUACCCAAGGGCAUCGAGUUUCCUCGGGUUAACGAGCGGGCCGCGAUUGAGGUUUUCGCCAAAGAACAGGUGGUGAAAGGUCUGGUCAGGUGGUUUAUUAUCCUUACGGCGAUUAUUGGAGUUUGGCAAAUUUGGCUCAGGUUGUGAAUUGCCCUUCAAGUCCAUGAUACAUACCGAAGGCAAGCCCGCGAACUUGCACCCAAGAAAUCAGGGAAAGUCGGGAUAUCGUCUUGGAAUAAAUUACGAAUAGCUGAUGAAGUCUAUGUUCAUGCUGAAUAAUCCCAUAUUCGGGGCUUCUCAAAGUACGCUUUGCUUGCAUUAACACUCUCCACAACUAGACUAUAUUCCGUUCAUCCUUGGCAAAUAUGCGGGUCGACUCGUAGAUGUCCAAGUCCAAUCUUGGAUCCAUCCUAAAGCAAUAUGC